AGAAGAAGAAGAAGAAAAAGAAUAACCGCUGCUUCAAUGAAAGAUGGCAGCGUCGGUUUAGCGGCUUUACACCGUGCACGUUUCUGUAUUGACACGUUGGUGACACCAGCCACAGUUACUUGUUGUUACUCUGACGGAGUAACGAGCCGGAGUAUCUAGAUCCCGUUGUUCCACAUCGCUGUUGAGGAGCAUGUUGUCCCCACAGUGAGAGGAGGAGAAGCGGAGCAGCAGCAUGGAUCGGUCUCCAGAGGAGGGAGAAACCUCCCACAUGAUCGACAUGACCACGAGUGAGAAGGUGGUGGAUCUCCUGAACCAGGCUGCUCUCAUACCCACAGAUGAGAAGCUUGCUGUGCUCAAACAGGUCCAGGAGCUCAUCAUCAACAAGGACCCGUCUCUUCUCGACAAUUUCUUGGAUGAGAUGAUUGCGUUUCAGACUGACAAGUCUAUUGAGGUUAAAAAGUUUGUCAUUGGCUUCAUAGAAGAGGCUUGUAAACGGGACAAUGAGCUCCUCCUCCGACUGAUCGCCAACCUGAACAUGUUGCUGAAGGAUGAAAGUGUGAAUGUGGUGAAGAAAGCCAUCCUCACUCUCACCCAGCUGUACAAAGUUACUCUGCAGUGGCUGUUGCGUGCCAAAGGAGCAUCAGAUAUGCAGGAGGCGUGCUGGGACAUGGUCACACAGAUGAAAGAGGACGUUCUGGCCCAGCUGGAUUCUGAAAAUGACGGCGUGCGCACUCAUGCCAUCAAGUUCACAGAGGCACUGAUUAUCAGUCUGUCAGCACGGACAUCAGACUCUGACAUCCCCAAAAGACAGGAGGGGGACAUCAGCCUGGAUAAAGUCCCUAAAGAUCACCCGUACAUUCGAUACGAUGUCUUGUGUGAGGAGGGAAAGUCUGCGCUGGAGAAGAUGCUGAAGUUCAUGGUCCACCCGGCCAUUUCCAGCAUCAACCUCACUACAGCACUGGGCUCACUGGCCAGUAUUGCCCGUCAGAGGCCGAUGUUCAUGUCGGAGGUGGUGCAGUCGUUUGAGACACUGCAUGCAAACCUGCCGCCCACUCUGGCCAAGUCCCAGGUGAGCAGCGUGAGGAAAAACCUGAAGCUGCACCUAGUGGCCGUCCUCAAGCAUCCCUGCAGCCUGGAGUACCAGGGUCAGAUCAGCACCCUGCUGCUGGACCUGGGAAUGCCCCAGAGUGAAAUAACCCGUUCCACACCUGUAGUGCGCGAGCAGCGCAAAAGACCGCGCCAUGAACAAUACACAGAGGGAAAAAAGGUUAAGAUGGAACCGACCUUGAUGGAAGACGAUGAGGACAAAGAGGAGCCGGCCUCUCUCACCGCUCCUAAACCAGCUGCUGUCCCAGUCGUACAGUCGGCCAUUGACGUCACAGCUGAGUUUCUGCGCCCGCUGCUCAACCCACAGAACGUUGCCAACCUGGUGCUCAUCAGCAUGGUGUAUCUGCCUGAUGUCAUGCCGGCAUCCUUCCAGGCCACAUACACGCCUGUGGAGUCAGCCGGCACCGAUGCACAGAUUAAACAUCUGGCUAGGAUGAUGGCCACACAGAUGACUUCAGCCGGGAUUGGUCCAGGACUUGAAAAGUGCAAAGCCAGAGAGGACGACGCGUGCAAAGAGGAAGCCAAUGAGGAAGACUCUGUUUCUAAAGACCUGCUCAUCAAACGCAAAGUUGCGAAGAAGGGCCAAGCGAUCUCCGUGGUGGGAGGUUACUCAGAAAACGUUCCAACCGUUGAGGCUCCGAGUCCCGUCACAGUCAAGAGGCUUCCUGAGCCCAUCGUGCCCACUGCACAAACCAAAAUGACUGGGGCAACUGGGAGGAAAAAAGUGUUUCGGUUGUCCAAUGUCGUCCAGACGUUAUCAGACGCCCAGAUUGAGACGUUGACCUCCAAAGCAAUCAAACGCAUCCUGCAUUCAGAGAAGGCUAUCGCUCAAAGUGGCAUGUCCCAUGUCCGAGUGAAGCUCCUCUCCAGGCUUGUGACACAAUUUGACGGGAGGAUGAAGGAAGACGUGCUGGCGUUUAUUCUAGAGGACAUCAGGACCAGGAGUGACCUGGCAUUUUCUCUCCUGUACCAAGAGUACAACACUUACCUCAGCCAGCUGCCCUCUGGGCUGUUGGAAAGUUAUGAACACUGUCUCUACACGCUGCUGUCCGGCCUGCAGGAGAAACCAGAGCAGAGAGACGGACUCUUCACCAAACUGGUUCUGGAGGCUCCCAUUAUAACAGAAUCUGCUUUGGAAGUGAUAAGACGGUACUGCGAGGACGAGUCUCGGGUGUAUCUGGGCAUGACGACUCUGAAGGAGCUCAUCAUCAAACGGCCCUCGAGGCAGUUUCAGUAUCUGCACGUUCUUCUUGAUCUCAGCUCACAUGAAAAAGAGAAGGUGCGGACCACUGCCCUGUCCUUUCUGAAGCGGAUGUAUGAGAAAGACCAGCUCAGAGACUACAUAGAAAAGUUUGCCCUGAACUACCUGCAGCUUCUUGUCCAUCCCAACCCUCCCUCUCUUCUCUUUGGGGCUGACAAAGACACAGAGGUGGCAUCUCCCUGGACUGAAGAGACCGUGAGACAGUGUCUGUUCCUCUACCUGUCUCUGCUUCCUCUAAACCACCGGCUGGUCCAUGAGCUCGCUUCUGUUUACACUGAGGCCAUCGCUGACAUCAAGCGCAGCGUGCUCCGAGCUAUAGAGCAGCCUAUCCGUGGAAUGGGAAUGAACUCACCAGAGCUGCUGCUACUGGUUGAGAACUGUCCUAAAGGAGCAGAGACUCUAGUCACCCGCUGCCUGCACAUUUUGACCGAUAAAGUGCCUCCGUCUCCUGAGCUGGUGGAGAGAGUUCGAGAUCUUUACCACAAACGUGUGCCCGAUGUUCGUUUCCUUAUACCGGUCAUAAAUGGCCUAGAAAAGAAUGAAGUCAUCCAGGCUCUUCCCAAGCUCAUCAAACUCAACCCCAUUGUGGUGAAGGAGGUGUUCAACCGUCUGUUGGGAACUCAGCACAGCGAAGGAAGUUCGUCUGUGUCCCCUCUCACCCCAGGAGACCUGCUCAUUGCCUUGCACAACAUUGACUCCACCAAAUGUGAUAUGAAGUCUAUCAUAAAAGCUACCAACCUCUGCUUCGGGGAAAAGAAUGUUUACACAUCAGAGGUUUUAGCCGUGGUGAUGCAGCAGCUGAUGGAGCACAGCCCCCUCCCCAUUCUGCUCAUGCGCACAGUCAUCCAGUCCCUCACCAUGUAUCCCAGACUGGGCGGCUUUGUCAUGAACAUCCUGUCCCGCCUCAUCGUGAAGCAGGUGUGGAAGUAUCCUAAGGUGUGGGAAGGAUUUGUGAAAUGCUGCCAGAGGACCAAGCCUCAGUCGUACAGCGUGUUGCUGCAGCUGCCGCCCGCCCAACUGACGAGUGUGUUUGAACGCUGCCCGGAGAUGAGAGAUCCUCUUCUACAGCACGUCCUCUCCUUCACCCCUCAUCAGCAAGCUCACAUACCCAACUCCAUCAUGACGAUCCUGGAAGCAAACAAAAAGUCACCGCUGAAACCAGUAGAGCCAGUUGUGGAGAAGGAGAUCGAAACCAUCACUGCUCCAGCUGCCACAGUUUCAGAAAUGGUUCCCACUGCAACACUGAAAGAACCAGAGAUGGAAGUCCAGCACGAGCCGGUUCAACAAGAAUCGUUCCAGCCUGAGCCGUUCCAACACGAGCCGUUCCAACACGAGCCGGUUCAGCACAAACAGUUUGAGCACCGGCCGGUUCAGCAAGAGCAGGUCCAGCACGAGCCGGUUCAGCAAGAGCAGGUCCAGCACGAGCCGGUUCAACAAGAAUCGUUCCAGCAUGAGCAGGUCCAGCACGAGCAGGUCCAGCCUGAGACGAUCCGGCACGAGCCAGCCAUCAUGCAGGAGGAAGAACCAAUGGAGCAAGAGGAAGAUUUUGAACCUGUGAUACAAGAGGAAAGGGUUGGCACUGUCUCCCAGGUGGAGUUGGAGAGAGACAGUGACACACCAUCACCUCACUCAGAGGCAGCUGAAGAGCCAUCGGAGGUUUCUGAACCUGAACCUUCAGACCUCCAGGAGCCAGAGAGAGAGGUUGAAGCUGAGGCCACCGGCUCGGAGGCUGACAGCGGCAGCGAAGACAUGGAAUGACAAACGCACUCAAAAUAAAAAGAAGAGUCUGGCCUCAACAGUUAAUUUUUUUACGUUUUCUUGUCAAGAGAUUUGUAUUUGUAGAAAUGAGUUUGAGGAAAUAAAUACAGUAUCAUAA